ACCUACAACCUGUCUGUGGUGUCUGGACUCUGCGCAUGCGCACAUCCCACUCUGUGUGCGUGUCAUGUUGAACGUUAGAGCUGUAGUCAACAUGUCCACUGCCGCAGCUCCUCAAAACAAUAACGAAGAGCCUGGACUUCAAGGCUCCUGGGUAGAGCUUGAGCUGAAUGGAAAUACAGGGGCCCAGGGUAGCCAGACCAGCCUGCUACCAACACCUGCUGCAGACCAAAUAAAUGCAAAUGCAAGCAUGAGUCAAACCCUCCAGACCUUGGAAGUAGCUGAAAGUGAUGAAAACCUGAUUGGAGGACUAGAGCAUGUGCCAUCAUCCUCUUCGAUCCACAAUGGAGACAUGGAACGGAUCCUCCUGGAUGCACAGCAUGAGUCCAGUCCAAGUAACUCCUCCUGUGAUAGUCCUCACAGGCCACCAAGUCCAGAGCAGGACGAGGGACAGAUAACAUUUGAUGUGGAGAUGUCCAGCCCAACAGGUAGUCAGUCCGAGGAAGAAGGUACAGAGAAAGACAGAGAGGAUGAUAUCUUGAUGAACAAAGAAAUAGAUUGGGUUGCUGACUGGUCCAGCAGACCUGAAAACAUUCCUCCAAAGGAGUUCCACUUCAGGCACCCCCGACGCUCAGUAUCUUUGAGUAUGAGAAAGAGUGGGGUGAUGAAGAAAGGUGGUAUCUUCUCUGCUGAAUUUCUAAAAGUUUUCAUCCCUUCCUUGCUCAUUUCACACAUGCUGGCUCUUGGCCUUGGGGUGUACAUUGGGAAGAGAAUUGUUACAGCCUCCACCAGCUCUUACUAAACAGAACAUGAAGCAGUGCCUGGAUGUUCUCCUGUCUCCAACGCUCUCAACCAUUCUCCUGUAGUCAAGCUCUCUCUCUGCAUCUGUCCUACACCUACAUUUCCUCUCCAAUUCGCAUAAAUUGGUGUCAUAUUGUAAAUGUAGUCAUGCCCACUGUGUAGUUGCACUCUGCCAGAUUUUGAACUUGCAGUGACUUGAAUCCAACUCAUAAAUGUGUGACAGGAAUUUGAUGUCAGUUGGCUUCAGGUAGUUUAUGUUUUCUUGUCUUGAUGUUAAAGGAUAAGAAAUUGGGCCUUUUUCCUCAAGCUGCAUCUUUUCUUUGGUGUCUUAAAUGGCAAAAAGUAUGAACCAAUAUUUUUUUGCUAUAUCUGCAGUGAAAACUAUUCAAGUAGAAACAGACUCUGUGGGCAGAAGGGACUUUUUAUUACUUCAACUUAUUGAACUUAAUAUUCAAGAUGUAGUAAAUGAGGGGUUUGGUUUUGAAUGAUGCUGCACACUGGGAUCAGUUUUCUAAUUCUGCACAUUUUUGAGGAUAGAAGUUGCAUUAUGACAAGGUUUCUGCUAAAAGCUUUGUGAUUUUAAGGUUGGGAAGCGUAAACAUUCAUCUGGUGUGAAGCUUCAGAAUUUCACUAUGAGAAUGUUGGAGUGUAUUAUGAUAGUGAAACCUAGAGCAGAAGGCAAUGUACCAGGCCAUAUGCUAUUUUUUUUGUAUUUUUGCCUACAUAUCUACGUCUUUAACAUAUAAAAGCAGUAGCAAAGUGCCAAAUUUUUAUCUUUCACCUUUGCACAUUGGUGAUAUAUCUAAAGCUGUUUUUGUUUUCUUUUAUGUUUAGAUAUUUAAAAAUGUAGAUGUGAAAAAUUAUUUAAGCUGUGAUCUGCCCCACAUAAUAGACACCUGUCAACAUUGUACAAUUUGUUUAUAUGUUGAUAUGAAUGCAUAUUAUAUCUGAUGCAUUGUG